AUGAACGGACCUGAUCCUUCCCGGCCGUGCCUCACGCCGGAGUCUCCUCCUCACAGUCGCGGCCGUUCCUGCCCUCCCUCGGAUCAACUUGGCAAUUCCUCUUCGUCUUCUGCUACCACACCGGCAACCGACUUGGACUCUGCACUGCAGGACAACAUCUUUGCGCAGGCGCCCUCGGAAACUUCUUCUCGUCCUCUUCCGAUCCCUGCAGCCAACGCCCUGCGACACCUGCCUUCGCCGCCGCUCGCCAGGGAAGCCUGUGACGGAGGCGCGAGGCCCUCGCCUCAGCGGAACUGCUGCGACGGCAGGCCGGCUGCAUGCAACCACCGUGCAGUCAGCGACGUGUGUGCGUCGCUCCCAGAAAAGUCCUUUGCUCGUCAUUUCCUCACGUCUUCUGGGACCUUUCCGUCUGCUGCGGAGAUCCUAAAGAAAGCGGCGUUCUUCAACUCGGGCAACCGCCCUCAUGAUGCCCUUCUCCUCUGCAACGCUGGCCUGGAAGUUUACGCCGAAGAUGCCGACUUGUGGAACUGCAAAGGCGUCACUCUUCGAGCUCUUGGAAGACUCCAGGAGGCACUUGAUUGCUGCCGAGAGGCGCUUCGACUUGAUCCACGGAAUACAAAUGCUCUAAACAACAUUGGAGUUGCAUUGAAGGAGAGAGGCGAACUUCUACAAGCUGUCGAGCACUACCGGGCCUCUCUGGUGGCGAAUCCUCACCAACCAACAUGCCGCACAAACUUGGCAGUUGCCCUCACCGACUUGGGCACGAAGCUGAAGCAGGAGAAGAAGCUGCAGGCAGCGCUCGUUUGCUACACAGAGGCACUGACCGCAGACCCGACCUACGCGCCUUGCUACUACAACCUUGGCGUUAUCCACGCAGAAACAGAUGACCCCCACACCGCUCUCCAGAUGUACAGAGAAGCCACGCGCCUCAAUCCCAGCUACGUCGAGGCUUACAACAACAUGGGCGCUGUGUGUAAGAACCUAGGCAAGCUGGAAGACGCUAUUUCGUUCUAUGAGAAGGCCCUUGCAUGCAAUGCAAACUACCAGAUGAGUCUGAGCAACAUGGCUGUUGCUCUCACCGACCUUGGAACUCAGCAGAAAGCUUCUGAAGGCGCGAAGAAGGCAAUUUCGCUCUACAAAAAGGCCUUAAUUUACAAUCCGUAUUAUUCGGAUGCGUACUACAAUCUGGGCGUCGCGUACGCCGACUUGCACAAAUUCGACAAGGCGCUGGUGAACUAUCAGUUGGCAGUGGCCUUCAAUCCUCGAUGUGCUGAGGCGUACAACAACAUGGGGGUCAUCCAUAAGGAUAGAGAAAACACGGACCAGGCCACUGUUUACUACAACAAAGCUCUGGAAAUAAAUCCGGACUUCUCUCAAACGCUCAAUAACCUUGGCGUGCUCUACACGUGCACUGGGAAGAUUGGCGAGGCGCUGCACUUUGCAAAGCGUGCUAUUGAAGUCAAUCCGAACUACGCCGAGGCAUACAACAACUUGGGAGUUCUGUACCGGGACCAGGGCGAUAUCGAGGACUCUGUGAAAGCGUAUGACAAAUGCUUGCUUCUGGAUCCCAACUCACCAAACGCCUUCCACAACAAGUUACUGGCGUUGAACUAUUUGGAGAAUUUGCCUGAAAACGAGAUAUGUCGCGUUUCUGAGAAGUGGGGACUGCAUUUCCUUUCUUCUCGGUCUCCGUACACUUCCUGGCUGUGUCCGCCGGUCACCAUCUCACCUGCCCUGCCUUCGUCUGCCGUCCGCUCACCUGCCCGUCCAUCUUCAUCGUCAGCUUCUUCGUCUCUUGCCUCUCCUGGCGAUUCUUCAGCUUCAAGAGUCAUACGCGUGGGGUACAUUGGUCCAGAUUUCUUUACUCAUUCUGUCUCUUACUUCAUCCAUGCUCCCUUGGUCUACCACGACAAAGCGAAGUUCCACAUCACUGUCUACGCGAACGUCAUCCGAGAAGACGAAAAGACUCAAAUGUUCAAGACGCUCCCGCACCGCUGGCGGUCUAUCGUGGGGUUGAACGAGCAGGAGGUUGCUCGGAUCAUCCGAGAAGAAGACCGAAUCGACAUUUUGGUGGAACUCGCAGGGCACACAGCGCACAACCGCCUCGACGUGAUGGCAUGCAAACCUGCGCCGGUUCAGAUCAGCUGGAUUGGCUAUCCGAACACAACCGGCUUGAAGACCAUCGACUUCCGCAUCACUGACGCCGUCGCGGACCCGCUGACCACAACGGAGAGGUAUGUGGAAGAGCUGGUCCGCAUGCCCAACUGCUUCCUCUGCUACCAGCCGCCUCCGGACUUCCCGAAGCAUGUGCCAGCGAAGCCGCCCCCCGUUCUCGAUCACGGCGUCGUCACCUUCGGCUCGUUCAACAAUCUCGCAAAACUCGGCAAUCAGGUGAUUGAGAUCUGGAGUCGGAUUUUGAAUGCCGUCCCGAAUAGCCGGUUGCUGGUCAAAGCCCGGCCGUUUGCAAACAAGGAAAUGCAGCGGAAAUUCAAGGCGAAAUUUGAAGCGCAUGGAAUCUCGGGCGAUCGUAUCGACGCCAUGGCUCUCAUUCCUGCAUGCAUGGAUCACUUAAUGGUCUAUUCGCUAGUUGACAUCGCCCUCGAUUCCUUCCCUUACGCCGGAACAACAACCACCUGUGAGGCACUUGUCAUGGGCGUCCCUGUCGUCUCUCUUCGUCGCCCAAACAUCCACGCACACAAUGUAGGAGCAACUCUGCUGGUUAACUACGGACUGCCCGAACUUAUCGCAGACGAUCCCGAACAAUAUGUUCGUGUAGCUGUCGAGCUCGCAGGGGAUGUCGAGCGCCUAAAGCGCUAUCGGCAGAGCAUCCGCGAAUCAGUUCUCGAGAAGGCGUCUGAGCCGCAUGCGAAGCAGUUCACUCGCGACUUAGAGGAGCUGUAUCGGCAGCUGCUAGCUCGCAAACACCGGCAAAAGUAG